AUGCCGAGUCUGGCGGUUGGUGCUGUGGGUUGUGCUGCGCUCCGUCUGCAGUGCUGUUGCUCGCACAUUAGCUCCUUCAAGCAGGAGGGAUAUUACCGCUUUGCACAGCUGCGCGACAUACAAAUAGAUGCAAACUGCUACAGUUUUCUCAUGGUGCGUGGCGGUGGGCCUGGGGGUCAGGGGGCAAACAGCAGCAGCAACAAGGUGGAGCUGCGUGCCAGCAUCGUUGCCCUUAGCGAACACUUUGACGGGGAGCUCAUUCAAAGACUGAAGGAAAACGAGCGUGGCAAGGCGCUUACCGCGGACGAAGCGCUGAUCGUCAUUUCAAGCCAUGAGCAACGCAGUGCACAUCAGAACAAGGAGGUCUGUCUGCGGCGUCUGCGGGAAAUGAUUCAAAGGGCCUCAUGGGUGCCGCCGUUGGAGAAGAAACCCAUCGAGCGCCCCACGACGAUCAUAACGGCGCAGAAGGCGGAGCGGCGAAAGAAGGGCUCGAUGAGGAAGAUGCAAAGAACAGCACGUAAGGGCCUCUGGUGA